AUGGCUCAAGCAACUAAUCCAUCCAUUGCUGCCUCAAGCCCAACUUACCCUCCACCUUACUCACCCUACCAACCUCAGGGCCACGACAUGUCUCAAUACCAGGGACACCCACCUCCACAGAUGUAUGCGCGCCCAGAGUGGUCGCAUGGAUAUCCUCAUCAGCAGCAUGCCAUGCAGGGUCCUUAUAGCUCCCCUGCCCCUCCAACGGUUGGUUCUGCCUCCCCUGCUGCGACUGCAGGACCGCGCCCAGGUCAGGUAUACUCAUUCGUUCCCAUUCCCGGUGCUCAACAACACAAGCGUCCGCGUCGUCGUUACGAAGAAAUCGAGCGUAUGUACAAAUGUGGGUGGAAUGGCUGUGAAAAGGCAUAUGGUACAUUGAACCAUCUUAAUGCGCAUGUUACCAUGCAGUCGCACGGCAAUAAGCGAACACCCGAAGAGUUCAAGGAAAUCCGCAAGGAAUGGAAAGCCCGCAAGAAGGAAGAAGAGAACCAGCGCAAGGCAGCUGAGGAGCGAGAGCGUCAGGCUGCUGCCCAAGCCCAAGCACAGGGUGGUCCUGUUGAAGGCGGUGCUCCCACUGAUCCUCAAGGAGGUCAACCACCCAGCUACGCCGGCGGCGUCCGACCCCAAUUGCCCCCUAUUGGCUAUCAGCCUGCUGAGAAUCAAGUCCCCGGUCAAUACGCUCCUGGUGGUGCCGGCGGCAUCGUUUACCCUCAGGGAAAUGGCCAGAUGUACGGCAACUACCCUCACUCGCCGUACGGUCAAAACAGCCAGGUGUACCAGCAACCCCCAGAAAACCAAUCUGGCAAUUACCAGUGA